AUGGCAAUGCAAGAGGCUCGCAGUCUGUCAGUGCGCGACAUGAUGGACCUUGGACAAACACCUGAAACCCUUGCUGCUCUUCUGAACGAGGAACUCCCUGUUCGAUAUGCAAGGCGAAUCUCAAUGUUGGAGGCGUUGCCCGAAUGGCAGGGCAAACAGGGCAUCAGGCACGUUCGCGAGAUGUACAUCAAGUCCUUCAAGGAGCUGCGACUCUGCAGUGCAGACGGAUUGUCGGAAUCAGGGCUCAGGUUGACCUUGGCAAAGAUCAAACGGCGCCAUACUCGAACAAACUUGCUUGUUCAGGGUUUCAAGGAGUACUUGCAGCAGGAACAGCUGACUGAGAAUCAGAUCAACGAUUGGCUUGAUCAAUUUUUCAAACUUCGAAUAUCAACAAAUUUGCUCAUCUCACAAUUCCUUGAGAUUGCGAAUGAUGCGUCGCAGGGCAGUGAGGCUGACGCGAGUUUCGACCCUUACCAAAGCUUCAUCAGCACCAAGUGUGAUCCUCUGAAGAUUGCCGAGCAUGCUGCGAACGUGAUUCAAAAUCUAUGCCACGAGUGGUAUGGAUCCGCUCCAAAAAUUAUCGUAACCGAUGCCGGAGCUGUGCCAUUCACAUUUGUGCCGCGCUACAUGUUCUACAUUUUGUCGGAGUUGCUAAAAAAUGCCGUCCGGGCAACAGUGGAGCAGCAUUCCUUCACCGGGAGCGCUGAGAUGGUGCCAGUCACCUUGGUUGUGUGCACUGGACGUGGAAUCACCAGCGUCCGGAUCUCCGACACAGGAGGUGGUAUUCCGGUGGACAGACUUCCGCGUGUCUGGUCAUACCUCUACACCACAGCGCAGCCCCAGGAUGUUCCCAUCACAAGGGAAUCGGUGGAUGCUCCUACGAGGCUCCGCCACGUUGAAAUGUCAAUGCAGCCUGGGCAUAGUCUUCUGGACCAGGAUGAAGACACAUCCCAGGAGCACCGGAUACUGCUCAGGUCGCCUCUUGCAGGGCUGGGCUGCGGGCUGCCGCUGAGCCGGCUCUACGCAGAAUACCUGGGAGGCCGUUUGAAGCUGCAGACGCUCCCAAGGUAUGGCACUGAUGUCUUCGUGUAUUUGAACAGCGUGGGCAACUGUGCUGAGAUGCUAAGUGCUAUCUAG